AUGAAGCGCAAGGAGCCGUUGUCCACGGCCCAGGCCAACUCUGCAAAACGCUCUCGAACACGGGUUGAGGUGCCCGACUAUCAUCUGACCCCGCCUGUGCGCGAUGAUACGGGAAUCGUAUGGCCCGCUCCAGAGGCUCAGAUGAAGCAAGCUAGGGAGAUUAUCCUUAAUUGUGCCCGUUCGCAGAAGCCGACAUUGAUAGUGCCAGACAAAGAUGCAGACGGACUCUCAUCUGGUGUGAUUCUACAUCGUACACUAAUUCUUCUUGGGCUCAAGCCUGAGCUCAUCCAUGUCCAUUUGCUGAGCAAAGGCCAGACCGUCCACCAUGAACACGAACGGGAGGCUAUGGCUGCCAAAUCCCCCGAGUUCAUCUUCGUACUUGAUCAGGGAUCCCGCAAGUCUGGGCCUUUGAUAGACUCCCCUCAUACCGGUUUGGUUAUUGACCACCACAAUGCCACGUCUGAUGACUUCCCGGAAGGAUCUUAUUUCUGUACGGCAAACAAAUGUCCGCCGGUGGUAACGUCAGCUCUCCUGACAUAUCUGCUUUGCGAGCCGCUACACGAUGGCGUCAGGGAUCAGACCGACUGGCUAUGCGUGGUUGGAACCCAUGGUGACUUGGGCAACACCAUCAAGUGGGAGCCCCCAUUUCCUGACCUCUCCUCCACUCUCAAANAGUACACUAAGAAGGCUCUUAAUGAUGUGGUCUCGUACGUGAAUGCACCACGACGAACAGCAACAUACGAUGUCAACUCUGCUUUCGAUGCACUCCUCACGGCCGAACACCCCAAAGACGUCCUGAAACAUUCCAGGUUACUCGCAGCUCGUCAAGAAGUCAAUGCCGAAGUCGAGCGAUGUACACAUACAGCGCCAAAGUUCAGUCAAGAUGGCAAAGUCGCCGUAUUCAGGAUCAAGUCGGAGGCACAGGUGCACCCAGUGAUUGCAACGAGAUGGGCCGGCCAUCUGCAGAGCAAGGCUCUCGAAAUCGUCAUGGUCGCCAAUGAAGGCUACUUACCGAACAAGGUCAACUUCAGCUGUCGAGUACCUAGGUGUGCCAAAAGCCGGGACCCGCCAGUCGACAUCAUACAAAGCCUAAAGGACUAUGCCAGCUUGAAACUGGUGAAGGACGAAGGCGAUGAUGAUAGCAGCUUACCCAGCCAGCCAGAAACUCCCCUACUAGAACGCUUAGGAGACGACUUUGCUCGAGGACAUGUGCAGGCGAGCGGAGGCAUCGUCGACGUCGAGCAAUUCGAGGAACUCAUGCGCCUGAUGCGUGUUGGAGAGAAAAAGGACAAGCCCCAAGGCGCAAGUCCUCAAAAGGGGAAGAAGCCAAUCGAUGCAGGGCAAAGCAACAAACUAACGAGUUAUUUCGGGAAGAAGAAUUGA